AUGGCCGAUAUUCCAGACUUGCGCCAUCCCCUGGAGGCUCAAGAUAGCCUGAAUAGUACAAAUAAUGGCUCCAACAAUGACAUUCAAAUCAAAUCAGAGGAGGGUCUUGAAUCACCAGCCAAAACACCCACGCGUCCGAUAGGAAUAAGGCUGCCUUCUAAACGAAGUACAGAAGAUCUAGAUAAUUCUGCUCGAAAAAAGGCACAUACUACUUAUUCAAGGCUCAUGGACGAAGAUCACGAUGAAAUUGACAGUGUGCUUCGAGAACAAGAGCUCAACCUAGCACAGAAGAUCAUAGAGGAUUCGAAAGAACUGGCACCUCCUACACCGCCAAAGAGAAAGAGGGGAAGACCCAGAAAAGGCGAAGAAGUCAAAAAGCCCCAGCCUGUGGAGUUGACUCCCAGGCGCCGAGAAAGAAGAGCCGUGGUUGAGAAACGAGCCAUUGAAAAGGAAGAAGAGAAGAAACGACAAGCUGAAUUGAGGGAGCAAAGGCGAAGACGUCCGAAGAAGGAAGCUAGUCUGGAUGAGAGCGAAGAGGAGGAGGAAGAAGAGGACGAGGAAUUCUCCGAGUCAGAGGAAGAAAAGCCCCAAAAAUCGCCAAAGAAAUCACCCAAGAAAGUCACCACUCCACGAAAGCCCAAGAAGACUCCGCCGACGGAGCUGCCGACUCCUGUGAAGGUGAGAAAAACGCCCAUCGAGAGAAGAACCAAGAAGGGCAGACCCAGUAAACAGGAGAAGGUCACCGGCAAAGUGCACAGUAUCUUCCACAUGGACGACAUGGAGUUUUUCCAGGAUAAACAGGAAACGGCCAGCAAGGAGUCAUCUCCUUCGAAAGCCGAGCUGUCUAUUGCACUCAAUUUUGAUAAUACGGGCGACAGCACGUUCUCCUAUAUUCCUCUGAUCAGUGGUCUCGAUAAGCCGAAGAAGGAGCAAGUUGAGGCCACGCCAAUCCAGCAUUUUGAGCCCCUCCCGGUACCUGAAGUGGACCUGGAGGGUAACGUCAAGGACCAGGACUACGUGAAAAAAUACUUCCCAGACUCCCAAAUUCAGACUAAUUUUUCUGGACGACUCACUGACGAAAGAGCCUACUUCUUGGAAGGAAGUGAAGGCUACUUUGAACAGCACAAUCUUCGUUUCAGACCCUCUUCCAGUGCAUUGAGCUCCAAAGCUCCCGAGCUCGACUAUGACGAGUUCUUGCCUAUGGUCAGACUAGGCAGUCUUGUUCACCAGAACGAGAGAAACGCUCUCAAUGAGCUCCACAAAAAGUUACACCACCAAUGGUGCUUCGAGUUGAGCCAGGGAUACAAUCUCAAUUUCUACGGCAUCGGCUCAAAGGCCAACUUAAUUCUCGAUUUCGUCAACGACUACUUGCUCGACUGGUACGAGCAGACGUUGCUUGAAGAUGACGAGUAUCCAGUGGUGAUGGUAGUGAACGGCUACAACCCAGCUACAAAGCUCAAGCUGGUGAUCCACGAUAUUGCACUGGCAAUCGUGACGCCAGAAAUCAGAAAAGAGAAAAAUAUCAAAAUGCCGAAACACAUCGGUGAAGCAUUCCCAUUCUUAGUGUCGUACAUGAAGAAGCACGUCACCCACCACUCGGAGUUUGGUCUCGUCAAACCCAAGCUCAUCCUUGUUGUUCAUAAUAUCGACGGUGAGGCAUUCAGAGACGAGCGGUCCCAGAACAUCUUAUCUCAAUUGGCGGCGCUUCCAGAUGUUUGGCUUCUUACGUCCGUGGACAAUGUCAAUGCCAGUCUUUUGUGGGACCUCUACCGUUUCAAAAACUUCAAUUUCCUCUGGCACGAUGCCACCACAUACAAGCCUUAUGGAGUGGAACUCUCCUUCAAGGACGUUCUCAGCAUGGGUCGCUCCAAGCGUUUUGUGGGAAGCAAGGGUGCCAAAUACGUCUUGACGUCGUUAAGCUCCAAUGCGCAGAAUCUCUACAGGGUCUUGCUGCAGAUGCAAGUGAAGGUGCUAGAAGAAUCUACAGCUUCAAAAUCAGGAAGAACUGGUCUUCGUGGCUCCAUCAAACUUGGGGUUGAGUUCAAGGCACUCUACGACCAGUGUCUCAAGGAAUACGUCACCUCCAACGAGAUGAACUUCCGAAGCAUCCUAGGCGAAUACGUCGAGCACAAGAUGUGUUCGCUCACCAAAAACGCGUCCGGAAAGGAAAUCGUGUUCAUUCCAUACGCCUACGACGAGAUCGCCUUGAUCUUGAAGGACCAUUUCAAAAAGUAG